AUGGCCGGAGUCCUAGUUGACGUUCUGCUAGAGCGUUUGGCUACUCUCGCCCUUGACAAGAUCGAACAAGAGAUGAAGCUGGUGGUCGGGGUCAAGAAAGAAAUAAAAAAUCUCACCAAGAAACUCGAAGCUAUUCAAGCUGUGCUGGAGGACGCAGAGCAAAGGCAAGUGACGGAGGCCAGCGUGAGACGUUGGCUGAGUGAACUGACAGAAGUUUCCUUCGACAUGGAUGAUGUGCUGGAUGAGUGGAUCACUAAAGUUCUCAGGCAUCAACUGGAGAAACAAGAAAAACAAAGCUCAAAAGCCCUUGUUACUAAUAAGAAGAAGGUAUACUUCCCUUUUCCUUCCUCUUGCUUGCGCUUCGGCAAAGUUGAUUAUCAGUUAUUUCUUCGUCAUGAAAUUGCUGCGAAGAUAAAGGAACUGAAUGAAAGUUUAGCUUUGAUCGCUCAAAACAAACAAGAUUUUAAAUUUCAAACCACCACAAGGGCAGUCCCUGAACUACCUCAAAGAUCAAAAACUACUUCUCUUCCCCAUAUUAGGACAUUUGGUCGAGAAAAUGAAAAAAAUCACAUCAUUAGCAAGCUGCUAGGUGGGAGUAGUGAAGAAAACGAGGUUCCUCUUAUCAUCCCUAUUGUGGGGAUGGGGGGUAUGGGGAAAACAACUCUUGCCCAACUUGUCUAUAAUGAUGAAGAUGUCAAAUCUUAUUUUGACAGUAGAAUAUGGGUAUGUGUCUCAGACCCUUUUGAAGAGAUCAAGAUUGCGAAAGCUAUCAUUGAAGGUCUAGAUAGAAAUAGUACCUCAAAUGAGUUGCAAACUCUUACGCAGUGCAUAUAUAAAUUGCUCGAGGGAAAAAGGUUUCUUCUUGUCUUAGACGAUGUGUGGAACCCAACACGUAGUCAAUGGGAAGAAUUAAUCAAACCUUUACAAAAAGGUGCUAUGGGUAGUAGGGUAUUAGUGACCACUCGAAAUGAGAAUGUUGCUACUCUUAUGAAAGCAAAAACUCAAAUGAUCCUUUUGAAGGAGUUGAGUGAAGUAUUUUGUUUGUCAUUGUUCUACAACAGUGCAGACAUGGAUGAGAGUAGUGUGUCUAAAGAGUUUAAAGAUAUUGGGUUAGAGAUUGUGAAAAGGUGUGAUGGGUUGCCUCUUGCUGCAAAGACAUUAGGAAGCCUCAUGCGCAAUAAAAAAACAAUUCAUGAAUGGGAAACUGUUCUAAAGAGUGAAAUAUGGGCGCUAAAAGAGAUGCAACAAGAUGUUUUUCGCCCACUACUACUAAGUUAUCAUGACUUGACUCUAGCAACAAAACGAUGUCUUUUGUAUUGUGCUAUAUUUCCAAAAGAUUACGUGUAUAACAAGAAUCAUUUGAUUGAGUUGUGGAUGUCACAAGAUUAUCUAAAUGCCAAAAGAAGUGAAGAAAUAAGAAUAGUCGGUCAAAAUUGUUUUGAUGACUUAGUGUUGCGGUCAUUCUUUCAAGAUAUUGAUGUUUAUGUUGAUGGAAACGUAACAUGUAAAAUUCAUGAUAUUGUACAUGACUUUCUACAAUAUUUGACUGAAAAUGAAAUCAAACGUGUUGAGUUUCAUGCUAGUGAGAGAAAAGAGGUGUCAAAUGAUAAAGUUCAUCAUUUGACCUUGGUACAUGCAUCUGACUCUUUUUUAGAUUGUCUGCUCAGUUAUAAAAGAUUACGCACCUUCACUGUUCUAAGGGGCAAUGCCAUUCAUUCAGGUCAGCUAAUGUUUGAGUUGAUUGUAGAAUUGAAAAGCCUUAGAACAUUAACCUUGGGUCCGUGGGGUGAGCCCAUUGACUUCAUUGAGUCCAUUCCGGAGAAGAUAGGUGAAUUGAUACAUUUGAGGUAUCUUGAUUUAUCCGGUAAUAGUAAAUUGAAAGAAUUACCGAGCGUCAUUGGUAGCUUAUACAACCUGCAAACCUUGCGACUUGUUGAUUGCGAGAAUCUCGAGGAAAUAGAUGUGCGAAGGCUAAUUAACUUGAGGCAUCUUCAUCUUCGAUUCUGUGUUCGCCUAAGGUUAAUCAAAGGGAUUGAGAAAUUAAGAGAUCUACAAACGCUAGAUUGGUUUCGUGUCCGAGAUGUUGAAGGAAACAUGUUGGAAGAUCUGAAAGACUUGAACCAGCUUCAAGGGAGUCUUGAGAUUGAGAUUACGGGGAAUCCAAAGAUGGCGGAGAAUGCAGCAAUUCUGGUGAAUAAGCCUCUCUUGGAAUUGAGUCUACGGUUCUGUCUUGAUCCAGGUUUGGGUAGAGAAAUUAUGAAUGGGUUAGAGCCGCAUCCAGGUUUGGAAUGUUUAACCAUCGGAAAUUAUGAAGGCGCCUUCUCCCCAUGGUUGUCGUCUUUACACAGCCUGAGAGUGCUCUCCCUUGAGUCUUGCUAUUGUCAGGUUUUGCCUUCUUUAGGGAAACUGGCGUCCCUUGAAUCAUUGACUAUUCAGUAUCUGUAUGGAGUUGAGAAGGUAGGAGUUGAGUUUUUGGGAAUAGAACAAGGGACAACCUCGUCAUCUUCCAUUUUCUUAUCAUUCCCCAAGCUCAGACAACUCGUCAUCUGGAAGAUGGAGUCAUGGGAAGAGUGGGAAGGAGUAGAAGAGGAGAACUCUGAGAAGAUUACAAUCAUGCCAUGCCUUUCUGAAUUGACAAUUUAUGGCUGUAAGGAGCUAAAAGCACUGCCGGACUUCCUGUGGAAGACACCAUUACAGAAAUUGACCAUCAGCGAGUCUCCCAUUCUCAAAAACCUUUACAGAGAAGAAAUAGGCGAGCAGUGGGCCAAGAUUUCUCACAUCCCGAACACCAACGUUGGAUGGGAAUGGGUGCCGUACUGAUUUCCUGAAUUGUAACAGGCUACUCGUACAGUUCACAUUCAGAAUGGCAUUGGAGACUUGGACUUGUCAAGCUGAUGGCAUCCUAAUUUGGUUAGUGAGCUGCAUACCUAUAUUGUCAUCAACCAUGGUCUUUGUAGCUUCUAGCUAAGCAGCUCAUGGCUUCCUCACAUAUACUGAACUCCCUAUCAGCUUUAUUACUUCUGCGGCUUGAUUCUUAAACAUACAGGAAAUGAUGAUUCUCGGUCAUGCAUAGAAAAAUCUUUUCAAAGCCUAUAUUGUAGACGCAGCAGACGCUACUACGUUGAAGCUUGAAGCAUUAAGAAUGGCAUCGGAGUUUUCAUGCUGAUGCGAUGCUAAUUUGAUACCCAGGUUGGAGUACCUUAGUCAAGCAGCUGAGCAUCUCCUCUUAUCUAUUGACGGGAAUCACACCAGGCUACUUGUUCUGCUCAUGUUGAAGCUUGAUGCAUUCAGAAAAGGAAUCAGACUAUCAGAGUAUGAAGAUCUUUUGGGUUGAUCAUACUGACCGAGGAUGGAGCUGAGUCAAGAACAUCUCGUCCAAGCAUCUGAACUUCAAUUAGAGUUAUUUGGAAGAGGAUGGAAUAUGGAUCAUGCAUCCAAUACUUGAUUUCAACUGAUAUACAUCAAAGUUCCCAACGCUGAAACUCACCACCCUGAACCAGUUCUUAGUAUAAAGGGCUGCUUGGGAAGGAUGGAAAGGGUUUGUGUACUCACUGCAACGUGUUUAUGACAAGAAUGGUGCAUUGCAGAAGAUUUGGAACAUGGAACUCGCUUUACGAAUCUGUUGUGGUGCAUCCACAUUCCUCAGUUCUACAGCAGAGUUGAGGAAAGAGAUGGAUGCCGAGUGGGCGAGAGGAUUGACUCGCUUUAGGUAGUCAGUUUCGGAGUUUGGUAACUAGUUGCAUUAUGACAGUAGUAAAUGUAAUCACCUAAUGAUUUACUGUCAUUUU